AAUUGUUCUUACGUUGUUACAGAACUUGAGUAUUUGUUGAACAAAUAACUACAGCCCCUUUCACCGCCUUCCUAUCCUUUUCCCACCCCACCAAAACAAAAUGACAAGCCAACUGGCAAUAUGAUUCUCCACAAAAUCAGAUGAAAUUAGAAAGGCAAAAGAUAGUGCACAGGACAAAAAUAGUAUAGGAUUUCAAUACACAAUUUGUUUGGAUAGUUGUCAAGCAACGAAGGAAAAAACAGGGCGACUUAUAAUUGUUUUUUAUUUGCUCUUCUUAGUCACAAAAUAUAAGAAGGCGACGUCAAAGAAUCUGUUAUUCUCAAGAAUUGCUUAAGAAUGAAUGCAUCAACUUCUGAAUACAGCGGUGGAUGCGAGUCUGGCUGGACCAUGUAUUUUGAUCAGCUUUCAACCUCUGCCGAUCAAUGCAACAGAAGCAUGCCACUUGGCUUUGAUUGCAGAAGCAAAGGAGUGUAUGUCAAUGAGGAUGAUGAAGACGAGAAUUCAUCCAUGCUGUCUGAUGCAUCAUCUGGCCCUCCACAUUUCCAUCAGGAUGAAGGCAGUUCUGAAGAAACCAGAUACAAUUCCACUAUUUCGGCCUCAGAGGUAAACAAGGGCAAGCACAAAAAGAAAGCAAAAGAGCACAGGAAGACCCAACAGAAUUUCCAUCUUGACGAUACUGCUAGCUCCCCUGCCCAGAGCUUCUCCAAGAACAAUGCCCUUCUUACAGAUGAUAAAUAUCUAAUCGAGCACGGUUCAGGCAUCUCUCGAGGCUUUUCUGCAACACAAUCCAAGGAAAAGUCUGUACUGAGGAAGCAUUUUGGAUUUCUGAAGCCUUCGCAUGACAGGAAAAGCUGAUUGAGAGAGAUCAGGAGGAGGUUUAAUUGGGGAAAAGAAUAUCAAUAAGAAGUUGCAGACCAUGUUCUCUCUUUAUGCAGCAGCAGUUAGGUAGACAGCAUUCGCACCUGUCAAAAGGAAAAGAUACAAUAUAUCUGAAGGAAAUUGUUUUUCCCAUUGUUUAUUGCUGUUUCUUUAUGUAUGUUUCUUGCUGUCUAUGCAGUGCAGAACGCCUGAGAACGUAAAUACUAAAAAUCUUCCUUUUUCUACUAUUA